CCCAUGUCCUCUGAUUGAUGACGCGAACACUGCGACAGGAAGGUUGAGAACAAGUGUCAAACCGCAUCUCUCGAACGCACCACUUCUCCGUGACUGGUCAUCAAGAAAAGGUAUUAACGGAUCGGGUUGACGAUGACGCUCUACCGCGAUGCUGUAUGUGUGGUGUUUCUGCUGUCCCAUCUGGCAAAGUCAAGGCCACUCCUCUCAGUGCCUUCUUUCAAUCCGUGGAUAAUCCCAAUGUCAAGGUCAUCACAAGGCUUAGCUGCCGGUGAAUCGUGUGACGUCAGCCUCUUUCUGGGUGUGGGGACUCACGCGGAGUGUGGCAAGGGCCUACACUGUGACACUACUUCCCUCACCUGUGUCAAGAGCACAAGAAGCACCGGACUCUGCGCUCUGCGUCACCAUGAGUAUCUGGAUAAGGAGCAGCACCUCCUGGGGUCCUCUGAACCUCUGUGUGAGACUGACGGGACAUUCAAGGCCAAGCAGUGCAGAGGAUCAGGAUGCUACUGUGUUGACACUGACGGUAACGACCUCGGCUACUUCACCAACUACGCCGCUGGCACAGACAACAUGGACUGCACGUGUGCUCGGGAUAAAGCCGCCUACCUGAAGACCGGCCUCAUCGGCAAACUCUUCUUCUGCGACAACAAAGGCAGCUACAACAAGAAACAGUGCACGGGCUCUGUCUGCUUCUGCACCGACAACAACGGCAAGAUGCUGUCCAACGGCCAAACUGUCAACAUCGGUGAAAUGGACAAGCUCCAGUGUUAGGUGUCGGAUACUGCCAUGUGCGGAGCAUGUGACCCACGUUUCUUGUAUUCCCGGUGUGACAUUGGUCUCAUAUAUACGAGGAAUAAAUCGCAUGGAAUUAUUUA